UUACUUGGCAUAAGAAAUACACCUGAGACAACAUAGCUGCAUUUCAUAAUGUCCAAUGCUGGUCAAGAAAAUGUCUGCAAUCAUGUAAAAGUAGUGAUCCGUGUUCGUCCUGAGAAUCCAAAAGAGAAAGAUGGCGGCUUUCAAAAAGUGGUUCAGGUUGUUGAUAAACAUAUAUUAGUGUUUGAUCCCAAAGUGGAAGAGGUCAGUUUCUUUCAUGGAAAGAAAUUACCGAACCGUGAUAUUACCAAAAGGCAAAACAAGGACCUAAAAUUUGUAUUUGAUGCCAUAUUUGAUGAAUAUUCUACACAGCUGGAACUCUUUGAAGACACUACCAAAACUGUUCUGGGUGGUUUUUUAAAUGGCUAUAAUUGCACAGUGCUUGCUUAUGGUGCAACUGGAGCUGGGAAGACUCAUACAAUGCUGGGUUCCCCUGAAGAUCCUGGAGUAAUGUACCUAACUAUGAUGGAGCUUUAUAAUUCCAUUGAUAGAAUGAAAGAAGAGAAGCAUUGUGCUAUUGCAGUUUCAUAUCUUGAGGUCUACAAUGAGCAGAUACGUGACCUAUUAGUAGAGUCAGGACCGUUGGCUGUUCGAGAAGAUCCUCAAAAGGGAGUAUUGGUUCAUGGGUUAACGUUACAUCAGCCUAAAUCUGCAAAAGAGGUCUUGCAAAUGUUGGAUUAUGGAAACAAAAACAGAACACAGCAUCCUACUGAUGUGAAUGCCUCCUCCUCUCGGUCCCAUGCUGUCUUUCAGAUUUAUUUAAGGCAACAAGAUAAAACUGCAAGCAUCAAUCAAAAUGUCCGUAUCGCCAAAAUGUGUCUCAUUGACCUGGCAGGAUCCGAACGUGCCAGUGCCACAAAGGCCAAAGGGGCUCGCUUUAGAGAAGGGGCAAAUAUAAAUCGGUCACUGCUUGCUCUUGGGAAUGUUAUUAAUGCCCUGGCAGACCCAAAGAGAAAGAAUCAGCAUAUUCCCUAUCGGAAUAGUAAGCUUACUCGUUUACUGAAGGAUUCUCUAGGAGGAAAUUGUCGCACUAUCAUUAUAGCUGCUGUUAGUCCUUCCUCUUUGUUCUAUGAUGACACAUACAACACUCUUAAAUAUGCCAACCGAGCCAAAGACAUCAAAUCCUCACUGAAGAGCAAUGUUGUAAGUCUGGAUAGCCAUAUAAGUCAAUAUGUUAAGAUCUGUGAAGAACAAAAGAAAGAGAUUAUGAUGCUGAAAGAGAAACUGAGAGCAUACGAAUUGGAAAAAGUACCUGUUCCCAGUAAUCAAGAUACAGCUAUAUGUACAAAUCAACAGCAAGUUGAGAUAGCAAGGUUAAAAGAAAUUUUGAAGUGUGUGUUUGCAAAGCGAGAGGAUAUCAGGAAAGAGUUCCUCAAGCUUGAACUACAACUAAAAGAAAAUGCCCUUAAAACACAUUAUCAGAAACGUUGCCAUGAACAAAUUGAAAUAGUAUGCUCAUGCUCACCAGAGAGACUGGAAAAGGCAACUGGCAGACAUGAUCACCGGCUUGCUUUACUUAAAACUCGCCGUUUGCAUCUAGAAAAGAAAAAAGAAGAAGAAUCUAAAUGUUUUGAGGACAACACAAAUUGGUUGCACAGGUUGGAGAACGAAAUGCGCCUCCUGGGACAAGAUGGUCAUAUUCCUCCAGAUCUACAUAGAGAUCUGAAGUGUUGUCACCUGAAAUUGGAAAUUCAGGAUUUGAAAACACAAAUUGAAUACAUGAAAACUCUAGUAACCCUACAAGAACAGCAGUAUAAGCAGACAGAAAAAAUUCUGAACUCUUUGCUUCCAGUUUUAAGAAAGCAGUAUAUUGCUUUAAAAAGGACGGAGUUAGCCAAUGGUGUUGAGGAUGACUUCAGGGAGUUUAAGCAGCUGAUUCACAGAGAGAAAGCUGUAGUUUGGGCUGACCAGAUUGUUGAAUCAGAUCAAAAUGAUGAAUUCAUGAUGUCUUCUAUCACAUCAUUUCCACAGCUUGUAAGCUAUCAGAAUACUCCCUGUAGUACAACUUCUCAUCUGCCAGCAGAGAGAGUCAAGACACUUGCUCAGCAUGAGGCAGAGCAUGGAAUGCCGCCUAACAAAAGAACAAGGCGCAAACUGAUGGCGUCUCCUCUGACAGUCCAAAGUCCUCAGCAUUCCAGCCAAUCAGAUUCUAACCAUGUGGUAGAUUCUCUCAGCAAAGCCUUCCACCCCAUUAUGUACACCCCCGAGGUCUGCAAGAAGCCGGUGGAGCCUCUCUGUACAGAAACUGUGAUUAAAAAAGCACUGCAUACGCCAACCCUUGAAGGAAUGAAGAGUCACAUGGCACAAAUUCAGGAACCAUUAAAGCAGAGCAGCCCCAAAGAUGUUACAUAUAACGUCACCCCGGAGUGCCACAUGAACUCAACUGUUCUGCUUUAUAAAAAUAACGUAGACAGUAUAGACUAUCCUUUUGAUGCAUCGAGAAGCAAGUCAGAGGCAACCAACAACAGAAGUGUUUUACAAAGACUUGGCCUUCCUUCAUUGUUAAAUAGGCAACCAGGUCCCAUACAUGCAAAGCCAUCUUAUAUGGCAAUGACAUCUGCUGCUGCAAGAAAAAGGAAAUUAUUAAGUUCUGUAUCCAGCAGUGGAUUAACAAACCAGCAAGAUCAUGUGACUGCCAAACGCAUAAGACGAGAUGCUGUAUUAAGUAAUAAACCACUAAGAGUACCUACAACCUCCGGAAUCAGAACAAGAACCUGGAAGCAUAAUGAUAGACUAAGAAAACACCUCAAAAGUAAUUUGAAGGAAAAUACAUCAACAGACAUAAAACUGGGCCCGUCAGAAAAAGCAUAAAUAGUAGCUCUAAGGUGAAAAUAAACCUUACUUUAUACAGAUUUGAUUUAUUAGCAGAAAGAGAGAAAUGAACAAUUCUACUUUCUGCCAGUUUCUCCUUCAUCUGUGGUGACUUUUCACUUAGCAUUGGG